AUGGGUCUGGCCUCUCGGCGCUGCCUGCGCGCCGCCAUCCGCGCUACCUUUGCUUCGCCCCUACCGGCCCUGCUCGCGCUCGUCGUCGGCCUCACCUGGGUCGCACUUGUCCCGGGCCUGCUCAACUCGACAUACGUCGAUGAGAAUGCACUGCUGCCCAACGCCGGUGCCACAACUCUCUCGCGCGGUGACGUCGACCGAGCCCUCGCCAGCCUCCGCCCGACGCUGGCCCUCGGCCCGGACGCCGCGUCUCCGGCUCACGCCGCCCUCGGCUCGGCCCUCGCUACGGCCCUUGCCACUCGCCUUGGCGUCCGCUUCUACUCGCACGGAUAUGCUCUUCAUGCACCGCGCGCCGCCGACGGGUCGAUGUGGGCUGGUGCAAACGUGUAUGGCGUUUACACCCCGCCGCGCGCUGACGGCAAGGAGGCCAUCGUGAUCACGACGGCACUUCCGCUCGCAGACUGGGACGCCUUCCUAGCCUCCACGCCUUCAGCGUCUCUGGAUGACGCUGCUGCCCGCCCCGGUGGUGCUGUAGGUCUUGAGGCCCUUGUUGUGGUGGCUCAGGCGGUCCAAGACGCGCGCUGGAUGUCGCGCUCGCUCAUUGUUGUCCUCACCGAUGCUCCGGCUUGGGUUGCCGACCACCGGCCGCAGCUCGCCCUUCCACCGAACCUCGCGCGAUCCAUUGGCUUGCAGGCCUGGAUGGAUGCGUACUACGCAGCCGGCCCGGCUGUCGAUGGUCACCUUCGCUACGAUGCCCUCCACGCCCGCGCCGGCGCGCUUCUUGCAGUCCUCGGCAUCGAGCUGCCCGACACUGGAGUGGCCUCGUGGGCGAUGGACGUCGUUGGCAUCGACGGCCUUCUUCCCAACAUGGACCUCGUCAAUGUCGUGGUCCAGGUCGCGAAUCACCGCGGGUCGGCGGUCGCUUACCCGUCGCCGCGGGCCGAGCUAGUCCCGUACUUGCGGGCGCUUGUUCACGUGGCGGGCAUGACCUCGUACCACGCUCGCAUCCUCUGCAAUGUCUUUUCGUUCCUCGCUGUCCAGGCGGCUUCGGUUCCGCGUGCCGCCACCGGUGUGGUGGCGGCUCACGCUGUGCCGGCGCUCUCGCUUGUUGCCGUGCCGAAGGAAGUUACGGGAGGCUCGGCCGAUCUCGCGCUGCUCACGACCGACAUCACUUUGGCUGCCAACACGCUCUUAGCCACGCUGCGCUCUCUCUCCAACCUCCUCGAGUCUCUGCACGCCUCGUUCCGACUGUACGUGCUCGGCACCGAGCGGCUGUUUAUCUCUUACGGCGACUACGUGUGGCCGCUGGCCUGCGUGGUCGCCACUGCGCUCCUCGCCGCCAUUGCCGCCUACCUCCGCGUAUCGGCUGGCAUUUUCGCCUUUAGUCGGAGCGGUGGCCUUCGGCAGCUUGCGCUUUCGGUGCUCUGCGUAUGGACAAGCGUGCACGCCGUGCCUGUGCUUGUCCUUGCCUUCCUGCCUCAGCUCCACCACCUGGCGCACGCGCUAGUGCCGCCGCUUUUUGCCUCGGUUGCGGCACUUGCGUUUGCGGCCGGCGCUGUAUGGCUGACUGCGCUUGUUGCACUCCCUGCGGUGGUAGCGACGCUGUCGCCGCCGUCGCACCUGUUCUGGCUCUCCAUCAAGUGCAUCAUGCUUCUGGAGGCCGUUUGGGUCAUUGUCUGUGGCUCGCUGCUCAACCUGGGCCUCUCGGCUGUCUUUGCGCUCGUUCUCUGUCUGUUGUACGUGCCGACCGGGCCGUUUGUGCCGCCAAGCGAUGCUGGCCCAGCGCGCACGGCGAUAUCUUGGCUGCUCAAUGCGCUGCAGCUGGUCGUGAUGGUGACAAGCUCGCCGCCGGUGGUGCUGGCGGCGAGUUUGCUGCUUUAA